AAAUAUUUCUUUAUCUACGGAUCAGAUGAUGACUUCAUUAUAAUGAUAUUGAGAUAUAUGCAAUAAACAUGGAAGGACAUAUUCUAAAAGUUAAUUUAGAGAAUGGAAUUCAAAAGAUCAUACUUAAUAGACCUAAGAAAAAAAAUGCUUUAUCAAUAAAGAUGUACCAAGAAAUAGAAAAUAUUUUAAAUGAUUCUUCAAAAAACGAUAGCAUACAUAUGGUUGUCUUAACUGGAGCAGGAGAUUUUUUUACUAGUGGAAAUGAUAUUAACGUAUUAUAUUCAAUUGAAAAUUUCAUACAUUUUAAAAAUUUUAUUGAUGCUCUGAUUACCUUUCCUAAACUAUUGGUAGCUAUUGUAAAUGGCCCAGCUAUUGGUAUUGGAACCACUAUGCUUGGACUUUUUGAUAUAGUAUAUGCUUCAGAAAAAGCAUAUUUCUAUACACCUUUUACUAAAUUAGGUCUAAUAGCUGAAGGUUGUUCUUCAUAUACAUUUCCAAAAAUAAUGGGACCGAGUAAAGCUGGCGAUAUGUUAUAUCUUGGUUAUAAAAUGAAUGCUAAAGAAGCUAAAGAAUAUCAUUUAGUUGGAACAAUAUAUAAAGAUGUAGAAGAAAUAUGGAUAUAUCUAAGAAAACUGAAUCAACUUUCUAUAAAGUCUAUAAUGGCCAUCAAAUAUUUAGUACAAAAAUGGAAUAAACAAACUUUGUUGGAAGUAAAUAAGACAGAAGUGGAAGAACUUAAGAAAAUAUGUGAAUCAAAGGAAGUUACUAAUAAAUUAUUAAAUUUUAUAUCAAAUAAGAAUAAAUUAUAAUUUCUAAUUUUCAUUAAUGUUCAAUUUAAAAAUCAUUAUAAUAUAAUGUUAUAUACUUUUGAUUAUACUAUAUUUUAUUUUAUUAUCAAAGAACUUCUAAAUUGAUUCAUAUUUUUAAGUUAUAGAGUUUUUAAAUAUGAAUGAAAUAUGUUUAGAUACUUGUUUUAACAUAAGCUCCUAAAAAAAGAUAUAUAUUAAAAUAUAUAUUAUAUCGUGAUUAAAUAUAUUAUCAUGGUGAUAACUACUUAUAUUAUGAUAUAAAACUAAUUAACGAUGAUACAAAGAUGUAAACAAAUGUAAUAUUUUUUAAAUAAUAAUACUUUCAUUAAUAUCUU